AUGGAGAGAACAGAGGCCCUGAUGUCAUCAUUUAUAUGGCGGCCAAACGCAAACGCAAACGCAAACGCGGAGAUAACGCCAAGUUGUCCAAGAUGUGGAUCCUCCAAUACAAAGUUCUGUUACUACAACAACUAUAGCCUCACUCAGCCUCGCUACUUCUGCAAAGGCUGUCGUAGAUAUUGGACCAAAGGUGGAUCCCUCCGCAACGUUCCCGUCGGCGGUGGCUGCCGCAAAUCACGCCGCCCCAAGUCUUCCUCCGGUAAUAGUGGUAAAACCGGACUAACUGCUAAUUCUUGCAGCUCCGGUGGUGGUGGCUCACCAAGCAUCGAUCUUGCUCUUGUCUACGCCAAUUUCUUGAAUCCUAAGCCUGACAAACCCAAACCACAUGAAAACUGCGAUUUCGCCACAGAUUUUCAUGGCAAUAAUCCAAUUGACGCUUCCAUGGACCCCACGUGGAGUAUGGAGAUCAAUGAUCAUCAUCAUCAAGUGGAACACAUUGUGGAGGAAUGUGGAUAUAAUGGGUUGCCUCCAUUUCCUGGUGAAGAGCUUCUUUCUAUUGAAACUAAUGGUGUUUGGUCCGAUGCUUUGUUGAUUGGUCAUAACCAUGUAGAUGUUGUUGGUGUGAGUUCGGUUCAGCCUGUUCAUGAACCGGUGGUUCAUUUCGCUGACGACUCCAAUGACUCCACCAACCUCUUGUUCGGAAGUUGGAGUCCUUUUGAUUUUUCAGCCGAUGGAUGA